AUGUUCGCUACGAGGUUUGAUCCUCUAGGGGGGAAGAUUCCGGCAAAGAGAGCAAGCAAGGACGAUAAUGACAAAGAGAAACGGAAGAAAGCCAGAAAAGAACCAGAUGUGAAAGUUCGAAAGAGUGUUCACAAGCACAAGAAAGAACACCACAAAAAGACAGAACAGUCGAAGAAAGAGAAAUCGGAUUCUUCAAAGGAUAUUGGAGCUAAUGAGAAAGAUGACGUGGAAAAGGAUGAAUCGGCAAAGUUGGAAAAAGAUGAUGAUGGGGAUAUAAUAAUGAGUUCAGAGGAAGAGAGUAGUAUCGACAAAGCAAUCAUACAAACUAAAAGUAAAGCCAAAAGUGCAGCAUUACGGCGUUAUAAGCGUGCAUUAGAAAUGCAGGACAAAAUAACAGAUGAUGCUAAGGUAUCCUCAGAGAAUGCAGUUCCAGAAACUGAAUUCGCUGAAAUUAGAAAUGUUGCCCCAAUGCCACAACCAAAGUUACCACGAGACCGUAGUCUUGCAUCACAGGCAGCAAAAAACAAGAAUUUACAAUGGCUAGCGAAACCGGAUUAUCAUGCAACGGAUAUCAAACAACGAUUUGACUCUUUUGAGCCAAAAUUGGACGAGAAACUUGUAUCCAACUUGAAGACAGAGUUUGGCAUUGAAGAAGCUUUUUCGGUUCAGGUUAACGUCAUUCAAAGCAUCAUGAAGGCGGUCACAAAGAAUAGACUAGACCCGAGACCAUAUGGUGACUACUUAGUUAAUGCUGCAACAGGAUCUGGUAAGACUUUAGCAUAUUUGAUACCGGUUGUGGAAGCUUUGAAAAAUAGAGUUGUUCCAAGAGUUCGAUGUAUAAUCCUUGCACCAACUAAACCUCUUGUUAACCAGGUGUAUUUGACAUUGCUUAAACUUACCAAAGGAUUCGAUUUAAACAUAAUUGCUCUAAGAAGCGGAGAAAGCCUUCGCAUUGAGCAUGAUAGGUUUGUGAAUAAUCAUCCUGAUAUAAUUGUUGCAACGCCUGGAAGAUUGGUGGAUCAUAUCUCAAAGUUCGAUCUUGAUUUGAGUCAGCUAAGAUUUCUAGUUGUUGAUGAGGCUGACAGACUUUUGAAUCAGUCCUUUCAGAACUGGUGUGACGUGCUAGUGGGGAAAAUAGAGGCAGAACAAGAGGAUGAUCAGGACUCGAAUAGCUUUUAUAACAAGUUUAAAAUUCAUUGCGUUAAAGUUAUCCUCAGUGCUACAUUAACCACAAACUCGGAAAAGCUUUCGCAUCUCAAACUUUUCAAACCAAACCUUGUCGUUAUCAACAACUCUGAGGAAUUGGUUCACGAACUAUAUCAAUUACCGCCGCAUUUGGAAGAAUACUAUAUCAAUAUACCAGAAGCAUUGUCAUUCUACAAACCAUUGAUUUUCUUGCGUUUUCUUCUCGAUCAACCAGACCUUAUAGAUCACGGCUUGAUAUUCACCAAGUCGAAUGAGACUGCAGUGAGACUUUCACGUUUACUUCAGUUGCUUUCAUCGGACAGUAAUCAAAAGUUGUCUGUUCUUUGUAUAAAUUCAGCAACAAAGAGUAGCCAAAAGCGCAAAAUCUUAAAAGAGUUCGACAUUAAUGGUGGAAUCCUUAUUGCGACUGACUUGAUGAGUAGAGGUUUGAAUUUUGAUUCAAUCAAGUUUGUUGUCAAUUAUGAUCUUCCACUUUCCACAAAGGAAUACAUACAUAGGGUUGGAAGAACUGCUCGUGCGAAUAAGCAAGGUCGUGCAUUUUCAUUUUGCUUUGGCGAAGGAGAUUUCCGCUGGUUUAAGAAGUUGGUUUUCUCCGGUGGUGUUAUCAACAGAAAUGGUAAAGAUGUCCACCAAAUCAAAUUUAUCAGAAGGGAUGAAAUAACGGGCGAUGGUGCAGAAUUUGCAUUGGACUUGAGUGAUGAUGACAAGACACACUAUGAUAGUUGCCUUGGAAAGUUAAAGGAUGAGGUUCUCGGCUAA